AUGCCUCCUCCGACGCCCUCUUCGUAUCGCCCGCGCAAGAAGAGAAGGGUCCCUCCGUCUUCCGGCACAAACAACAACCUCAUUCUAGACGUUGGAGAUGGCAAAUCGUUGCCUGCGUUUCCUCUGGUCUCCUUCCUCUGGGCUGCUAGAGCAGGUGUCUCAACAUGGCUGAUCCUCCCUCUCAUCCUAAUGGCCGUGGGCCUGUUCCGCUGGGCGGUUAGUCUAUGGGGUUACUCUGGCUUCCAAAUUCCUCCAAUGCACGGUGACUUCGAGGCGCAGCGGCACUGGAUGGAGCUCACAAUUCACCUUCCGAUGUCGAAGUGGUAUACGUACGACCUGCAAUACUGGGGGCUGGAUUACCCUCCAUUGACGGCAUAUCAUAGCUGGCUACUUGGAAGAAUUGGCUCCCUUUUCGACCCCGCAUGGUUUGCCCUUGACGAAUCCCGCGGAUUCGAGGAUCCCCGCUUUAAGGUGUUCAUGCGUGGGACUGUGGUCGUUUCCGAAUAUCUAGUCUUCAUCCCAGCCGUUAUCAACUUCUUGCGUCGCUAUACUCGGAUGCACGGUGUUCCCGUGUGGUCUGCUUCGAUCGCCCUCGUUGCUGUCCUCCUCCAACCCGCGACUGUUCUUAUCGACCAUGGCCAUUUCCAAUAUAACACUGUGAUGCUGGGACUUGCGGUUGCGAGCUUAGAUGCCAUUCUUGCUGGGCGCAUGUUGUGGGCUUGCAUUUUCUUCGUCGGUGCUCUAGGGUUCAAGCAAAUGGCGCUCUACUAUGCCCCCGUCAUGUUCGCGUUUCUCUUGGGUGUUUGCACCUUCCCGCGCAUUCGGAUUCUUCGUCUAUUGUGCAUUGGUCUCACUACUAUCGCUGCUUUUGCAGUGCUGUUCGCUCCGCUCAUCGUCGAGGCUAGUGGGGUCGAAGCACGAGAAUACUUCAGGGACAUCCCGCAGCCUCCUCUGCUACAGGCGCUUCCCUUCGAAGUGAACAAAGAUUCCGUACUCUAUGCGCCUCUCUUCCAGCUGCUGCAGAUUGUGCACCGCAUGUUUCCAUUCUCUCGGGGCUUGUUCGAAGAUAAGGUCGCAAAUGCCUGGUGCGCCAUUCACACCUUCUACAAGCUACAUCGCUUCGACGCCAGUCUUCUCCAGAGAGCAUCGCUUGGUGCUACACUAGGCUCGAUUCUUAUUCCGUGCGCGAUUAUCUUCCGUCACCCACGAGCCUCGUUGCUGCUCCCGGCCCUGGCCAGUGUGUCCUGGGGAUUCUUCCUGUUCUCAUUCCAAGUCCAUGAGAAGAGCGUACUGUUGCCGCUGCUUCCGAUGACACUCCUCCUUUCCGGUGAUGGUGGACUGAGCAAGGAGACUCGUGCCUGGGUCGGAUGGGUCAACACAUUAGGUUCAUGGACCAUGUUCCCGCUCCUGCAGCGCGAGAAACUGCGGAUCCCAUACUUCGUGAUGACCUUCCUAUGGACCUACCUGCUGGGUCUGCCCCCAACAUCUCUCGAAAUAUACCGCAACCGGCCCUCGUCCGGAGACUCGAGCCCCGGCUUCGAGCCUAAUGUGCUCACCAAGAUCCUCCACUUCUGUUUCUAUCUUGCCAUGAUCGUAUGGCACGUUCUAGAGGCAUUUGUUCCUCCUCCACCCGACAAGCCAGAUCUGUGGGUGGUUCUUAACGUCCUGGUCGGAGCGGGUGGAUUUGGCAUCGCUUACCUGUGGUGUUUGUGGAAACUAACCACGCAAUGCUGGAAGAUUGAUCGCAAGGCAGAGGAGGAUAGCCAGAAAAAGAAGCAGUGA